AUGAAGUGGGCAGUUGUCCUCUGUGCUUUGGUGGCACUCACUGAGUGUGUCAGGAUGCCCAUAAUCAAAGGAAAAACAGUCAGAGAACAACUGAAAAAAAGGGGGAUGUGGGAGGAGUACAGGAAGAAGCAUCCAUACAACCCCAUAGUUAAAUUCAUACAGAAUGGUGUUGAAACCAUGACCAACGACGCUGAUUUGUCUUACUAUGGUGUUAUCUCCAUCGGGACUCCACCUCAGAGUUUCAAAGUGAUCUUUGACACUGGCUCCUCCAACCUGUGGGUGCCUUCCAUUUACUGCUCCAGCCAAGCCUGCCAGAAUCAUGCUGAAUUCAACCCUCUGGCCUCUAGCACUUUCCAGUGGUCCUCCCAAACCAUUUCAAUCCAGUAUGGCACCGGCAGUAUGAAUGGAUAUCUUGGAUAUGACACCGUGGUGGUUGGUGGGAUCACAGUGUCCAAUCAGAUCUUUGGGCUGAGCACAACUGAAGCUGCUUUCAUGGCCAGUAUGCAGGCUGAUGGCAUCCUAGGCCUGGCCUUCCCUUCCAUCUCAGCCUCUGGGGCCACACCUGUCUUUGACAACAUGAUGAGUCAGAACCUGGUCUCCCAGAACCUCUUCUCCGUCUACCUGAGCAGCAAUGACCAGAGUGGCAGUUUUAUUCUUUUUGGUGAAGUGGACAGCUCCUACUAUAGUGGAAGCUUAACUUGGAUCCCUCUCUCAUCUGAAACUUACUGGCAGAUUACUAUGAAUAGUGUUAUUAUUGAUGGGAACACUGUCGGUUGUGCUGGUGGUUGCCAGGCUAUCCUUGACACAGGGACAUCCCUCAUCGUGGCUCCCAGCACUGAUUUCAAUAACAUUGUCUCAUGGAUUGGUGCCACUGUGGACGAAUACGGAGAUGUCAUAGUGAACUGCAACAACAUUAGCAGCAUGCCCCCUGUGACUUUCACCCUCAAUGGAAACGCCUUCACCAUCCCUGCCUCUGCCUAUGUCUCACAGAGCUAUGGUGAGUGCAUGGCUGGCUUUGGAAAUGGUGGCUCUCAGCAACUGUGGAUCUUGGGUGAUGUUUUCCUCCAGCAGUUCUACGCUGUCUUUGACAGACAGUACAAUGCAGUGGCCCUGGCUCCUAUUGUCUAA